AGACGACAGUCGUACGUCGAAACAUGUCAGGUAAAGAAACCUAAAAAAUUAGAUGUCUGAUAAAAAAGAAAAAAACUAACAAUAUUCAAUAUAAGACAUAAUGAACAUAAUCGAAAGAUUAAGAAUAAGUUAUGGAGAUGAAAGCAUCAAGGAGUUUCGCCGCCUUGAAAGUUUGACACGGAAACGGGCACACUACAGGAAUCACCUGAGGUUCAAUCUGCGCUGCCGGGAUGAGGAAGUCGUACCGGCCAGCCUGAACAUCAAGAACCCGAUUCCAACCAGAAACGCGGAAAAGGUGAUCAGGAAAGUGCGGAUGACUCUGGUAAAAGAACGGAUACGGUGCACAACUGACAAACUCAAGAAUAUCAAUAGAGAACUACAUAGGGAGACGGAAACUUUCAAACGCCGGUUUCCCCAAAACAAGGAAAUGGAAAUAGCAAUACACAGACAUUUGGUAGACAUACACGAGCAGGAAUUCACAGAGACAAAAACCCGACAAAUCCGAAAACUGGACAGACUCAUUGCACAGAAAAAGAAGGCAGAACCGGAGCACGCACACAUCAACGAAAAAUGGAUUCACAACAUAUCAAGAACACCCACGGGAGCCACCAUACAGAUAGUACAAGACAAAUUAAAAACAGAUAGGACGCUCAAGAAACGCACAAACCUCACCGUACAAGACAUCACUCAGCUCCUUCAAUUCAUUGCCACAUCCACAUACUUUCAGUUCAGGAACACAAUUUACAGACAAAAGGAAGGGUUUGCCAUGGGAGACCCACUAUCAGCCAUCAUGUGCGGCUUUUUCAUGGAAGACCUGGAGCAGAAAGCACUCACUACAAUACCAGUGGAAUACAGGCCAACACUCUGGAAACGGUAUGUGGACGACAUAUUGGAAAAAGUAAAGAGGGGACACACUCAACAACUCAUCGACCAUCUCAAUACUAUAGACAAUACCGGCAAUAUAAAAUUUACACAUGAAGAGGAAACGGAGCAGUCAAUAGCAUUUUUGGACUUAAAAAUACAUCACACAGAAGAGGGGGAUAUCAAAAUAAAAGUACACAGGAAACCCACACACACCGACCAAUAUUUAAACUGGACUUCUGAACAUCCCAUAAUGCACAAAAUAUCAGUAGUUAGAACAUUGCAUGAACGCGCAGCAAUAAUUACAGAUGCACAGGACAAAGAACAGGAAGAACAACAUAUACAACACGCACUGAAGGCAUGUCAAUAUCCACAAUGGGCAAUAUCCAAAGGGGAGGAACAGGUCAAAAACAAUAAAACACAGAAGAAAGAGAAAAAACAAACCAACAAACAAGAACACAGGGGAGUAGUGACAUUACCAUACAUCAGAGGAAUAACGGAACGCAUUCAAAGAGCAAUGAGGAAAUACAACAUUAACACACCUGUCAAACCACACACAACUCUCCGUCAGAUCCUGGUUCAUCCCAAAGACAGAAUACAUCCGGACAACAGAUGCAACACCAUAUAUGAGAUUCCAUGCCAAUUAUGCAAUAAAACUUACAUCGGGGAGACAGGAAGGAGUUUCAACACAAGAAAAAAUGAACAUAAAGAGUGCGAAAAGGAGACAGCUACAAGACAAACCCGAACAAUAAAAGAAAAGGCACAACAGGAAAAUUAUAAGUCAGCCAUAACAGAUCAUUGUAAAAGGGAAAAUCAUGUUAUGGACUGGGGGAAUGCCAGAGUCAUCCGCACAGAAGAUAAUAAACAUCAGCGCUGGAUCAGGGAGGCCAUAGAGAUCCGUAAGCGAAGCCCGAGGACCAUCAACCGAGAUAAGGGAGCAUACAUGCUCUCCCAUACCUGGAGUGCCAUCUUGCAGGGGACGAACUGACAGUAGAAGGCGUGACCGACCUGUCAAUCCAGACAGGAAGGCCACGCCUUCGGAAACAUCAGCUGAUAAAAGAUGCAUCACCAAUAACAUCCGGUGACACUCUGAGCUCAGAUGUGUCUGGGGAGUUUGUGGACACUGACAUUUCAGUAGGGAUUACAGUCCACAUGAGCAUCAGAGUAGGCCGAAACACCAGACAUUGUGUCUGACU